AUUUAUUUUUUAUUUAUUGUAAUGUUCAAGACCUCAAGCAUAGUGUUGAAUAGAGGGAUAAGAUUGGAAAUCUUUAUCUUGUUCUUGAUCUUAGGAGAAAGCAUUCAGUCUUUAAGCAUAUGAUAUCAGGUGUAGUGUUUCAUACAUGCCCUUUAUCAGACUGAGAAGGGUUCCUUCUAUUCUUAAAUUUGUUGAGAGUUUUUAUCAGAAAUGGGCAUUGGAUUUUAUUGAGUGCCUUUUCUGCACCUUGUAAGAUGAUCAUAUGGUUUUUCUUUAAAAAUAUUUUUGCUAUGGUGAGUUUACAGAGAUUGAUUUUUGAGUAUUAAACCAUGAAGUAUUUUCCUUGUUUACAUAUUGUUGGAUUCAGUUUGUUAAAUCUUGUUUAAAAUUUUGCAUCUAAAUUCAUGAGAUAUAUUGGUGUAUAUAGUUUUAUUUUCUUAAAAAUUUUUUUUUUAAUGUUUACUUUUGAGAGAGAGACAGAGUGUGAGUGGGGGAGGGUCAGAGAGAGAGGGAGACACAGAACUCGAAGCAGGCUCCAGGCUCCAAGCUGUCAGCACAGAGCCCCACAUGGAGCCCAGACUCACAAACAGUGAGAUUAUGACCUGAGCCGAAGUCGGAUGCUUAAUUGACUAAGCCACCCAGGCGCCCCUCGUUUUUUUUUUUUUUCUUGUAAUGUUUUAGUCUCAUUUCAGUGCCAGGGUAGUGCUGGCUUCAUAGAAUGAGUUGGGAAGUUACUCCUCAUCUUCAGUUUUCUGGAAUUUGUGUAAGGUUGGAAAAAAAUAAUUUUGGGUCUUUUAAAGUUUGUUAGUUGAUUUUACAGCACAGUAUUUAGUGUGGGACUGAUUUUGCCCGACUGUUGAGGCCAGGCUGCUCUGAGUACUUUACUCAGAGCCCUGUGAAUUAUGAGGUUUCCCACCCUUUGGGGAACAAUUCCAUGUGAGCCUGCAUAUUGUUUCUUCUAAUAAUUUCAUGUGACCUUUCCUCCUAGCCUUUGAUAAUUUAUGGACACACAUGCACUGACCAACACUCUGCUGACUACUCAGGGAGAGACCUCUACAGAUCUCUUGAAUUCUCUGUGCACUUAUCUCUUCUAUGGUACUCUGUCCUGUGAACUCUGACUUGGCUUCCCCCAAUUCCCAUCUCUGUGUCCUCAACUCCAGGAGACCACUAGGCAUUGGCUGGGUUUUCUCUCACUUUGCCAGCUAGAAACUCUCUCAAGACAGUAAGGUGGGGCAGUUAUAUGGCCCACCUCAUUUGUUUCCUUUGAACAGUCACUGUCCUUCAUUACCUGAUUAAACAAACACACACACACACACACACACACACACACACACACACACACUGUUUCAUCGAUUUGGCCUGCUUACUUGCUCGCUUUCCUUUUCCGUUUUUGUUUCCUGGUGGGAGGGUAAAUCCAGUCUCCUGCCCUCUUGGCUGGAAGUAUAAGGUAUUAUAGUUGUUGUUUUUUUUCUUCUCUAGUUUUGGUGGGAUUAAUAUCUAUUUCUGUUAUAUAUCCUUUUUUUUCUCAAGCUCAGGCUGAAUGUUUGAUUGUGUUCCAGAUUUAUUUCCUUGGUAGUUAUGAACUCUGAGCUGGUCUUUUUCUUUCAGAGUUUUUGUAAUAACCGUUUUAUUCUUGUUGGUCUGUAUUGGUUUUUUUCUGUCAUGUGUCUUCUGAGAGGUGACAUUGUCAACAAGACCUUCAAGAAUUUUAUCAGAUGCUGAUUAUGUAGAGAAUGCCAGUAGAUAUUUGGGUAGCUGAAGGUCAUCAUCACCUCUAGAGAGUAGGUUUAUAUCAGUUAGUAAUUUAUAUUAGUGUCUUUUUACCCCAUUUCAUUGGUAGUCUGUGUAUACUCUAUAACAAUAGCAUUCUUUCUCUUCUUUCACUUCCUUUUAUUUUGCAGGUACACUUAGUGAUAGGUGGUGCUCUUCCCUCAGAUCUUCUGCUUGGUGUGUCCUUCCCUUUUGUUUUCUCAGGGUAGUAGAAAGAGAGGCAUUGCUGAUGCCCUUUCUUUGCUUCCUGUAGCACAGAGGACCAACUCAUGUUCACAACACUGGUAAUUGGUGACUACUUCAGAUGGGAAUAUGAGCAUAUGAUUAUAUACGAACAGGAAGGGGUCUAUAUUCACUCAUCUUGUGGAAAGACCAAUGACCAAGACAGCUUGAUUUCAGGAAUAUUACGUGUGUUAGAAAAGGAUGCUGAAGUAAUAGUGGACUGGAGACCAUUGGAUGAUGCUUUAGAUUCUUCUAGUAUUCUCUACGCUGGAAAGGAUUCCAGUUCAGUUGUAGAAUGGACACAGCCUCCAAAGGAAAGAGGUUAUCGGGGAUCGGAACAUCUGAACAGUUAUGAAGCAGAGUGGGACAUGGUCAAUACAGUUCCGUUUAAAAAGAAACCACAUACCAAUGGAGAUGCUCCAAGUCAUAGAAAUGGGAAAAGCAAAUGGUCAUUCCUGUUCAGUUUGACAGACCUGAAAUCAAUCAAGCAAAACAAAGAGGGUAUGGGCUGGUCGUAUUUGGUAUUCUGUCUAAAGGAUGACGUCGUUCUCCCUGCUCUGCACUUUCAUCAAGGAGAUAGCAAACUACUGAUUGACUCUCUUGAAAAAUAUGUGGUAUUGUGUGAAUCUCCACAGGAUAAAAGAACACUACUUGUGAAUUGUCAGAAUAAGAGUCUUUCACAGUCAUUUGAAAAUCUUCUUGAUGAACCUGCCUAUGGUUUAAUACAAAAAAUUAAAAAGGACCCUUAUACAGCAACUAUGGUAGGAUUUUCCAAAGUCACAAACUACAUUUUUGAUAGUUUGAGAGGCAGUGAUCCCUCUACACAUCAACGACCACCGUCAGAAAUGGCAGAUUUUCUUAGUGAUGCUAUUCCAGGUUUAAAGAUAAAUCAACAAGAAGAACCAGGAUUUGAAGUCAUCACAAGGAUUGAUUUGGGAGAACGACCUGUUGUUCAAAGGAGAGAGCCAGUAUCCCUGGAAGAGUGGACUAAGAACAUUGAUUCUGAAGGAAGAAUUUUAAAUGUCGAUAAUAUGAAGCAGAUGAUAUUUAGAGGGGGACUUAGUCAUGCAUUGAGAAAGCAGGCAUGGAAAUUUCUUCUGGGCUAUUUUCCUUGGGACAGUACCAAGGAGGAAAGAACUCAAUUACAAAAACAAAAAACUGAUGAAUACUUCAGGAUGAAACUACAGUGGAAAUCUGUCAGUGAGGAACAAGAGAAGAGAAAUUCGAGGUUAAGAGAUUAUAGAAGUCUUAUCGAAAAAGAUGUUAACAGAACAGAUCGAACAAACAAGUUUUAUGAAGGCCAAGAUAAUCCAGGGUUGAUUUUGCUUCAUGACAUUUUGAUGACCUACUGUAUGUACGAUUUUGAUUUAGGGUAUGUUCAGGGAAUGAGUGACUUACUUUCCCCUCUUUUAUAUGUGAUGGAAAAUGAAGUGGAUGCCUUUUGGUGCUUUGCUUCUUAUAUGGACCAAAUGCAUCAAAAUUUUGAAGAACAAAUGCAAGGCAUGAAGACCCAACUAAUUCAGCUCAGUACCUUACUUCGAUUGUUGGAUAGUGGAUUUUGCAGUUACUUAGAAUCUCAGGACUCUGGAUACCUUUAUUUUUGCUUCAGAUGGCUUUUAAUCAGAUUUAAAAGGGAAUUUAGUUUUCUAGAUAUUCUUCGAUUAUGGGAGGUAAUGUGGACCGAACUGCCAUGUAAAAAUUUCCAUCUUCUUCUCUGUUGUGCUAUUCUGGAAUCAGAAAAGCAGCAAAUAAUGGAAAAGCAUUAUGGCUUUAAUGAGAUACUUAAGCAUAUCAAUGAAUUGUCCAUGAAAAUUGAUGUGGAAGAUGUACUAUGCAAGGCAGAAGCAAUUUCUCUACAGAUGGUAAAAUGCAAGGAAUUGCCACAAGCAGUUUGUGAGAUCUUGGGGCUUCAGGACAGUGAAGUUGCAACACCAGAUUCAGACACCGGUGAAGAUGAGAGCGUUGCCAUGACUAGUUGUCCUGCAUCUACAUUUCAGAGUGAUGCCUUGCCCGUACUUGCUACCAGUGGAGCCAGAGAUGACAACACAACACAGAUAUCAGUGUCCCCAAAUGUUAGCAGAUUAACACCUGCAUGAUCAUUCUUCUUGCUUAAUUUUUGAAGAGACACUUGGUUGUGACCUUUUUCAAGUACUUGAAAGGAGGAAAUUUAAAAUCUUGGUGUUGAUCAUGCUUUAAGGUUUAUGGAAAGAAAGUGUACUGAUGUUCUUGCAUUAAAGCUUUACAAAGAUUUAAACUAAUUAUUUUUGUAGUUACUUCUACCAAAUAGCCUUUCCUUUUCAAUAACAUUCCUUAGUAUUUUUAUAGCCAAGUACAUUUUAUUUUCUUGCUGAUGAACUGGAAUUGGAUAAAUAUUACAAGUGGAUGAGUUGGAAAUUAUGCACUUUGAAAAACAUUCACUUUGUUUACUCUAAGUUUAGUGGGUUUUGGAAUUGAUUAAAUUAAAUCUUAGGCUUCUCUAUAGCGUUCUAAGCUGAGAAGUAGAUUGUGUUACGCAAGUGAUGAAAUAAAAGAAUUUGUUUUUCUCUAUUGUUUACAACAGUACUCAGCUUAAAUAUUUAUGCUGGUUGAAUGUGAUUUAAAUUGGAUAUUUUCAUCAAUGCAAUUUAAUGUGUAGAUAAAAAGAGCUAUUUCAACCAUAAUAAGUGGAUUGGCAGUAUAUUUUUUACAUUGAACUUUUCUUCACUUGUAUAUAAAGACUAUAUAAUAAGUACUUAUUUAUGAGUAUAAGAAAGGAUAGGCAUAUUUUCUUUAACUGAAUAAACUUGACUAUUGAUUUAUAUAACCUGAUUUGACAAAAGUAAUACAUAGCUUCAGUAUGAUAACUUUUUCAGAACUAUUUUCUUAACCAAACAUUUAUUUCAUGAGACUACAUUCAACCCUGUACCUUGUGUAAUUUUAAAAUUAAUUGCUUGUAACCUCACUUUACUAAUGUGUUUAUUAUCUUUCCUAAUAAUGCAUUAACUGAUUAAUCAGGUCUUUAAAUUUUUAUAAAAUGCUCUUUGCAGAAAGCUUAUGUCAAAAAUUUCAAUAUACUAUCACGAGUCUCAAAAAAUACUUUUUUGUAUAUGAACGAAGCUGUUGUUUUUACCAUGCAGUGUUGCAUGAUUUUAAGUUAUGUGGAAUUAACAUAACUCCGUUUUAAUUGUAAUUUGUUAACUCCUGUACAUAUCAUUAAAUAAAUUUGAAGUUGAAGUAGUGUUUUCAGUUAAAUUACACUUAGAAGCAGUCUGCUAGUUCUUCACUGGAAGAAUAAAAAAAUCCAAGCUGGUCCCCAGGACAUUUCCUAUUUUUAUGUGAUUGAAACAAUCUUUGGAAUAAGUUAUGGACGUGAGAAAGAAACAUGACCCCUUUUAUAACUGAAAAUGAAUUUUCAUCAGCAUGGACUUGGGCAUAGUGCUGUCUUGGAGGAUAUAGUUGUCUGACUUGGGAAAGCAACUUCCUGCAAUUGAUGUUAAUAAUGUAAAAUAAAAGUUAUGCAGUUCUGAAAUGGUCCAGUAGAUAGAUUUCCACCCCCCCCCCCCAAAAAAAACCCCUAGGGAACCAAAUGAACUUUUUUCCUACUUGAGUAUUAACUGACAAUCAUGACAGGAGAAUCAUUAGAUUUUAGUUUUUAAUAUCAUAUGUGUGUUAUCUUUCAUCAGUUAAUAAUGAGUAAGUCUAUUUAGACAAAAAAAAAAAAAGUAAACUGAUUAGAAACUCGGCCUCUUCAGCCUUUCAUUUCCUGCUGUUCAGGAAAUUGCUUAGAACAUCUUGAUGUCCUUCUUGUUCUUCCUGGAUAGGGGUUUUGAGAGGUUUUUUUCCCCACUGUGUAAUGCAAUAUCUACUUCAGAGUUAAAAAAAAAUCUUAGCACAUUUAAUAAGUUGAACUUCUGUCAAGUUUUAUUAUAAAACUACUUGUUAAAACAUUUUUACUAAACAGUCUGAAUUUCUGUAUAGCUCAUUUUUAAAUAAUAAUACAGCAUAGUGUUAGAUAAAGUCUUAACGAGAGCCAUAAAACCCACUUAGGAAAUGCUAUAUAAACUUGAGCUAUUGAGGUUGUGAAAAUAGUUCAGGUAAAUUGGUUAGAUUGACUUCUUAAAGAUUUAUUUCAGUUUUCAUAAGAUGUUCCUUUUGUACCCUGAUAAUAUGUAAAAUAUUAAUACAUAUUAUCUGGUAUUUAAAGUUGUUAAAAUUUAAGUAAUUUCUGAUUUAACUAUAAAAGGUAUUUUCAAUUUUGAUAUGAGAGUCUGUGGGAGGCCUUUUUGAAUUUAAGAACAUCUCUAUUUUGAUUGUCUCAUGUGUCUAGGUAGGAUUCUUCAUCUCUUCAUAUGCUAGGAACUUUAGUCUUGGUGUUGACUAAAAAGCUUGGAUAAGGAAAAGCUGAACCUGACAUUUCCAAGGGUUUUUAUGGAUGCCAAUGAAUUCUUAUGGGAAAUUCAUAUAUGUCCAUUAUUAAAGAUAAUUUGUAUAAAGUAA